AUGGCCAAGCAACAGAAAGAUAAUGAGAUCAUCGAGUUCGCCAAGGGCCUCAAGGGAACCCCCUGGUGCGAUGAGUAUGAGAAGAUGAUCUCUGGUAUGCUCUACAACCCCCUGCACCCCGAGCUGUUGGAAGGCCGCCACAGAGCGCGCGGUCUGGCGUACAAGUACAACAACAUUGAUCCUAGCGCUGGCACUCGCGAGGAGAUCGACGACAAGCGCGCUCAGAUGCUUUCGGAGAUGCUCGGAAAGGUCGGCAAGGGGACGUACAUUGAGACGCCCUUUAUGCCUGAUUACGGCAGCAAUGUCUCGAUCGGCGAGAACUGCUUCAUGAACUUUGGCUUGACCAUUCUAGAUACUAGCCUCGUCAUCAUCGGUGACCGCGUCCAGAUGGGUCCCAACGUACACAUCUACACCGCAGGCCACGAGACGAGCGUGCUGUCCAGGAUCAAGUUCGUCGAGUUCGGACAUCCCAUCCGCAUUGAAGACGAUUGCUGGAUCGGUGGCAACGUAGUUAUCCUCCCUGGCGUUACCAUUGGCCGAGGCUGCACUGUUGGCGCUGGGGCGGUGGUUACCAAGAGUCUGCCCCCUUACUCGAUCGCCCUGGGCGCCCCUGCAAAGGUUGUCAAGACGAUACAGAGUGUGGAAGAGGAGUUGGCGGACCCCAAGAACCCUUACCGAAACAUGCCCGAUCGAGAAUAG